AAUAUCGAUAGAUUGGAAUUGUCAUCGCUAACUAAAAACAAGCACCGGCAAAAUAACACAAUUAAUGGACAUUUCCGUAAUCGUAAUCAAUACAUAAAUAUAGGUUGAAAGAUAAUCGUUGUGGAUAUGGCGCACACGCAAUCCGCAGCAAAGCGCGCCAAGCUGGAGACGAAACACAAGCACUUAUUGGAGGACGAUGAGACGCCGUCCGUGUUCAAUCCGAAGUAUCGUGUCUGCCCGUAUCUGGACACGAUCAAUCGCAAUCUGCUCGACUUUGAUUUUGAGAAAUUGUGCUCGAUUUCAUUGACACGGAUAAACGUUUACGCCUGUCUCGUCUGCGGCAAAUAUUUCCAGGGGCGUGGCAACAAUACGCACGCCUACACACACUCGGUGGGCGAGGCGCAUCAUGUGUUCCUCAAUUUGCAUACGCUGCGCUUCUACUGCCUGCCGGACAACUAUGAGAUCAUCGAUUCGUCGCUGGACGACAUCAAGUAUGUGCUCAAUCCGACAUUUUUGCGCAACGAGAUCAGCAAACUGGACCAGGUGCAGCCGAAGCAUUCGCGCACAGUUGACGGCAUCCUCUAUCUGCCCGGAGUCGUAGGUCUGAACAACAUCAAGGCGAACGACUAUUGCAAUGUGGUCCUCCAUGCGUUGUCGCAUGUCAGCCCGCUUCGCGAUUACUUUCUCCGGGAGCAGAGCUAUGCGACUAUCAAGCGGCCGCCGGGUGAUUCAAUGUUUACGCUAGUGCAGCGUUUCGGCGAACUGAUGCGCAAAAUGUGGAAUCCGCGCAAUUUUAAGGCACACGUUUCACCGCACGAGAUGCUGCAGGCGGUAGUGCUGUGGUCAAGCAAACGUUUCCAAAUCACCGAACAGGGCGAUCCCAUUGAUUUUCUAUCCUGGUUCCUCAACACACUGCAUCGCGCCCUCAAGGGCAAUAAGCAGCCAAAUUCAUCGAUAUUGUAUAAAAUAUUCUUGGGCGAAAUGAAGAUCUAUACGCGUAAAAUUCCGCCCGUUGAGCUGGACGAUACAGCCAAGCAGCAGCUGCUCGGGACGGAUGAGUACAAGGAUCAGGUGGAGCAGACGAAUUUUAUUUAUUUAACCUGUGAUUUGCCGCCACCGCCACUUUUUACGGAUGAGUUCCGGGAGAAUAUAAUACCGCAGGUGAAUCUGUAUCAGCUGCUGGGCAAAUUCAAUGGCAGCGCCGAAAAGGAAUACAAAACGUAUAAGGAUAAUUUUAUGAAGCGCUUCGAGAUCACACGACUGCCACAAUUUAUAAUCCUGUAUAUCAAGCGCUUCACAAAGAACACAUUCUUUCUCGAAAAGAAUCCAACAAUUGUCAACUUUCCCAUCAAAAAUGUGGACUUUGGCGACAUUUUGGGCAUGAAGCAGCGGGAUAAGGGGAUCAAGGAUACCAAAUACAAUCUGGUUGCGAACAUUGUGCACGAUGGUGAUCCCAAGAAGGGCACAUAUCGCGUUCACAUACUCCACAAGGCCAACGGGCAGUGGUAUGAGAUGCAGGAUCUGCAUGUCACCGAAAUACUACCACAGAUGAUCACACUCACUGAAUCCUACAUUCAAAUCUAUGAGCGCUGUCCGGAGCCCUAGCAUUAAUUAUACAUCUAUCUAUAUAUAUAUACAUAUAUGUAUAUGUAUAUCCAAUUUGUAUACAAAUUGUAAUAUUAAAACAACUACCAGCUAUAUGUGUGUGGGCGUGUGGGUGUGUGUGAAA